CACUUUCGGUAUGACAAGCCCGUCCCCGCACUCUGAGCUCCUCGGCGAGUCACUCGCCUUCUUUCAGGUUUACUCUCCGACUCCUUAAAUUAAAUGCAUUCUCGUUAUUUCCAAGUGACAUCUAGCCGCACGUUUACAAAUAAACCCUCCAGGCGCCCGUCUGCACUUUAAGAGACGCGACUCUCGCCAGGCAAGAAGUGCGCUGUACCUCCGACAUUAGAGAAAACGGAUUUCUAGAGGAAUGGCCCGCUGACCGUUUUAUUAAGCUCCCAGUGUCCUGUUAGCGCGCCAGCGGGAUUGUGCGUAAGCCGCCAAAGGUCAGUGUCUGUGGCGCACGACAGCCACCCGGGGAAUAUCCACGCUCUAUGCUUAUAGCCGGGACACCAACUCUCGCCGAGCUCCUACGCACGCUUUUCAUCACAUAGUAGACCGUGCCUGGUACAUUCUCAAAGAGGGUGUGGAAAGGAAAACGAAAAAGGAAUUGCGAAGAGUCUAAUAGCGGGUAAUUCAUUUCAGAGAAGGACCCACUGCUCACGGCGACAUGGAAGAGGUCGACAAUUUCAUGUAAACAAGAAGUCUGCAACUGUUUCUCUUCUGCGAUGAGGAAAUGAGUUUUUGGUCUGGAGGCUUUCGUCAUGUUGCACAAGGAGGGGAGCCCGCAAUGGUGACUCUAUUGUUUUGCUGUGCAUUUGUCCACCACUGUUGUGUAUGUUGCUAUUUUGGAAAUCGGCAGUACUCUGACCCCAUGGAAAAACUGGAGGACUUGAUGAUGCGUCUUCCUUCCGAUUACCUUUUCCCCAUCUUCAUCAUAAGGCAGGCGAAUGUACAACAGAGUGUACUCGACCUGGCAAUGAUAAAAAAUGCAUUGACUCAUCUGCAACAAAAAUCAAAGAACGAGCUACAAAAGAAAACCAGUGAAGUUCUUGAGUCAAUUUCAAUGGAAAAUAUGAAUUGCUAUGAGCACCUGUGCCCCCACAGCAGAGAUGAGGAACACUGGAAUAUUUCUACAAUAAUUGAAAAAUACAGACUUGUAUUAAAGACAACAAACCUUUCUGCCGCUGCUUGUACAGAAUAUACAUCACAGGAGACUGUCCCUCCCAUUGGGACAGAAGUCAGCACGUAUGGAAUGGAUAUUGUAUCUCCAGGGUUUGCUAAAAUCCCACAAGGGCAAAAUGCCAGCAGCUUUGAAAAAGCUACAGAAGACUACAACCAUCUUAAGAUGCAAAGAGACAUCCUCCUGGCAUAUUCUGCUUUAUUUACCCUUCUUGCCAUCCUUGCACCUAUAGUUGCUAUCAAAUGUUCAAGAAACCGACUAAGGAACUCAGGCUUUCCUACCCAAGCUGAACAAUUACCAUUAAACAAAGCAAACCCGUGAGGCAGUGGAAUGCACUUAAGAUAAAGAGUUUGGUGGUUUCAGCCCAAGCCUCCCUCAUAAGUUGUUAAAAUGGAAAUCACCUGCAGAGAACACAGGCACUGGAUUCCCCAGGAGCAUUGUUUACAUCCCUUACUUGCCUUCCAUGGAUGGAGUUUGGGUGUCACUACAGUGGACUGCAAGCUUAGCAGACAAAAGUGUUUUUCACUCUGUCAGAGAACUUGAUGAGGACAAGGAAGAUAAAAUUGAGGGGCCAAAUUACACAAGUCUGUGAUGGCAGGAAGGCUCAGUUUUACAGGAUGCUCUUGAAUAAACAUCUCGGAAUCAAGAUGAUGACCAUGAGGGCUCAUGCUGUGCUGUUCAGGCUCUUCAAAUGGAAAUGGAAGUGUUGGAGAUCUGAAUGUGCAAACUAAAGGGAAAGUGCAGUAUUGUUCAGUGACACUUAAUAUACUGAAAAAGAUCCCAUUGUAAUUUGGAGCCCUUGAAAAAAUUAGUUUCUUUGGUCAAAUGUUACAUAAGUUGCUGUUGCGGACUUAACCAUCUGUGUCAUCAACCCAGUCAUACCUGUAGGACUGAAGAAAUCCAUGAAGUAGUGUAGCUGCUGAGCAGGACAAAGAUUCAGUAUUGGCUACAUGUUAACAACAAACAUGGUGGUUCACAUUAAGAACACUUUCUUUGGUCUAUUAAGUAUAAAUUUAAUUAGACAUUCAAAAGUCAAAAUUAAAACUGAAUAAAUACAUGGAUAUUCUUAUUAACUAUCCAGCAACGUA